GCCUGGUGCUUGAACACAAAAGGAAGAAGAACAGCCCUGUGCGGCCAAGUAAGGGUCGCGAAGGAAGAAAGGGUGGGCCGUGCUCAGUGUCACUCCCCCAGAGUCCAGAUUCUACAAGCCAGGAUGAUACAGCAGGGUGGGGCAGUGGGUGUGGGGACAGGGCGCUGGUGGCGGAGCUGAGGUAGCCCCGUGACUCACUGAGACCACUGAGCUCAUGCAGCCAUGCCUCGUUUCCUUCCUUGGGAUCACAUGAAGAUGAGCAGAGAGUGGGUCACGAGCACAAGGUUCGCCUGUGACAAAAUGGUCCUUCCAUGGCGGCCCGUGGGCAGCUGUGCGCACACACACCCACACACCCACAUCCACUCACAUAUGAAUUCCCCGGGGAGACCUCUACAUAUACAGAACCUUCCCGAGCCUGCAAGCCUGGGAGAAAGCCGGGGCUGCAGGAGCCAAGGCCCACUUUGAACAGAGCGUCCUCCACUUUCCUGGUCUCCAUCCUGACUCUUGCUUCAGACACAGCACAUUCGGUGUGACCUCUCCCAUCGUUCUGGGAUGCUGUCCUUUUCCCGUGUGACGGCCUGCUCACGGACCUGCUCCCGCUUCAUCGGGCUGAGCCUCGGGACUGCAUCCCUGUUUGCUGCUGGGGCCAACAUCGCACUCCUCUUUCCUAGCUGGGAUGUUACCUACCUGACGAGGGGUCUCAUUGGCAAGCAUGCCAUGCUGGGCUCGGGACUCUGGGGAGGGGGUUUCAUGGUUCUCGUGGCAGCGACCCUCAUCUCCGUGACCGGCUACUUCAGUAAGAGCGCCCCCUGUCUGCGUAUGCUCAUCGCCCUGUUGUCAAGUGGCCUGGCUCUUCUUGGGGCUUUGGUUUGCUUUGUCACGUCUGGAGUAGCCUUGAAAGAUGGUCCCUUUUGCAUGUUCGAUGUCUCAUCCUUCAAUCAGACACAAGCUUGGAAAUUUGGUUAUCCCUUCAAAGACCUGCCCAACAGGAAUUAUCUGUAUGACCGAUCACUCUGGACCUCUGUCUGCCUGGAGCCCUCUAAGGCUGUGGUUUGGCACGUGGCCUUCUUUUCCACCCUCCUGUGUAUCAGCCUCCUCCAGCUUCUCCUGGUGGCCAUCCAUCUCAUCAAUAGCAUCCUCGGCUUGUUCUGCAGCUUCUGUGAGAAGUGCUAGCAGGGAAGGAGGAACCUUUGACCUAUGAAACGCCCUGGAUCAUCCUUUAUCAGAAGGAAGGAGAAUCCUUUGUUUACAUGCAAGAUGAGACUCCAGAGAGGAGAUGUGGGCUCAGGGUAAGCUGACCUUUCCUAAGUCGUUUCAAAUGAGGGACCACUGAAGGUGACUCACUGGAUGAAGAUGCCUGCUGCUAAGCCUGAAGACCUGACCUUUAAUCCCCAGAACCCAUGUGGUGGAAGAACAGACUCCUGUAAAUUGCCCUUUGACCUCUACACACACACACACACACACACACACA